AUGGUGAAAAAACAAACUGAUACUAGCAUAACACAUUUUCGUUCUGGUAUGAGUCAUGAUGAACCUAAUUUAUAUCGUUAUAUUAUGCCAUGGGAAGCCGAAUUCAUUGAUUCACAACGUGUUUGGGCUGAAUAUGCACUUAAACGACAAGAAGCUAAUACAUUAAAUAAACGUUUAACAUUAGAUGAUCUUGAUGAUUCUUGGGAUAGAGAAAUUCCAUGUAUUAAUAGAUUGUUUCAGAAAGAUCGACAUGUACUUGCUUAUGAUAAAGGUUGGCAUGUACGAAUUGAUUUUAAACAAUAUCAGAUUCUCAAACAAAAUCCAUUUUGGUGGACAUAUUAA